CUUGCCGUAGUUGUUUAGCGCGCAGUUUGAGAGACAGCGUCGCAUUCACGGGCUGUCAUUUGUUUCGGGAGUUACCUGCGAAUAUCUGUAAAGUGUGAAAUUACAGUAUUUCCAAAGUCAAGUCACGCGUCGGUUUGGGGGGCGGGGGUCAAAGAGUCUCAUCGGAGACCCAUCCAUGCGCUGGUAAGGAUGCUAGCGGACUAGUUUAGAGCCGAAAAGCGGCGACGGCGACAUAACAAGAGCAAACAUGAGAAGAAGUUUGGCUCCCAGUCAGGUCGCUAAACGGAAGCAAGCCGACGAUGAGGAGGACGAAGAGUGGACGUGUGCGGCGGGGAGAAAAAGAAGUAAAAGGGCCGAAGCGCAGAUACGACCGAGUCCCAUGUCGACAUUCAGGAGGCCGCUGACGCAGCUCAACGCUCGUCCCGUGUGCCCCGACGGCAGCAAACAUGAGGAAUUUAUUCGUCGGAUCCUCUCCAAGCCGUUUAAAGUUCCCAUCCCGAAUUACACAG